CAAACGGAAGUUGUCAGUGUGAAGGAGCGAAGCUGAAACUGGCAGGCAACGUACACGACAACUACAUUUUCGAAGGCCCCAAGAACGGGAAUCAGAAGGGUGGAAUGUUGGUCCUGUUCGGAGUGAAAUAGCUUGUGAUAAACUGCCGCUGCCAUGACGGACCCUUGGAAGGAGUGCAUGGACCACUGCCUGGUUGUGACAAAGGAGGCAGGAAAGAUGAUCCGAGAGGCACUGAAGAAGGAAAUCUCUGUCAUGCAAAAGAGCUCCCCAGUGGAUCUUGUGACAGAGACAGACCAGAAAGUGGAGGCCCUAAUCAUAUCCUCCCUAAAGGAGAAGUAUCCCACUCACAGUUUUAUUGGAGAGGAAUCCGUGGCAGCAGGAGCUCCCAGCAUUCUCACUGACAACCCCACCUGGAUCAUUGACCCCAUAGAUGGGACCACUAACUUUGUCCACAGGUUCCCAUUUGUGUCUGUGUCCAUUGGGUUUGCUGUUAACAAAGAGAUUGAAUUUGGGAUUGUGUACAGCUGCAUUGAGGAAAAGAUGUAUACGGCUCAGAAGGGAAAAGGAGCGUUCUGCAACGGAGUCCCAAUAAAAGUGUCAGGGCAAGAAGACAUCACAAAGUCGCUUGUGCUGACAGAGCUGGGGCUGAAGAAUGAUCCUGAGCACUUCAAUGCCAUGAUGUUAAACAUGCGGAAGAUCCUGACCAUCCCUGUGCAUGGUAUCCGCUCUCCGGGUAGCGCGGCAGUGAAUAUGUGUCUGGUGGCCUGUGGGUCAGCUGAUGCGUACUACCACAUUGGGAUUCACUGCUGGGAUAUGGCUGGGGGUGCUGCCAUUGUCACUGAGGCUGGCGGAGUCAUCAUGGACGUCGCAGGUGGCCCAUUCGACCUGAUGUCUCGGAGGCUGAUCACUGCAAGCAGUAGGGCUGUCGCAGAGCGCAUUGUUCAGCAACUCCAGGUGUUUCCCUGCGGACGAGAUGACACCUUGGGCUAGAGCACUGGUUUUCGCACUCCUAAAUCCAAUUGGGACACUUCAAAAUACGAACCUCUGCCUUUGUUUGCGCCUUAAAUUUGUUUAUGCCUGGAUGCAAUUCUUCAUGCACUCCAAAACAGGUGCAUGUAAUUUAUUUCAAUGUUUAUUUUUAAUCGGUCUUUCAAAACAUUUUUAUUGAUCAAGCAAGGUAGCAGGUGCUUGCCGAACCUUUUUAUGGUAUAAUAUCAACAAAUGCUAUCUCAGGUCUGACAAUGAUAAAAAAAAAAUAUGUAACAGAGCAAUGAAAUUGUUGGUACCACCCUGUAAAGAACCAGUAUUGACUUUACAUCUGCGAGUUGGAAACAAUCAAUGACGGGAGUAGUACUGUGCAGUGGGAGCUUGUGAGCUAAUGGCAGCAGAGGCUAAACAGGAACCUUUGAACGCUGUCUUAAAUCUUCUGAUUCUGUUGCAUGAUAAUCAGAUGUAUAGAUUUAAAUAAGGUUGUCCAUCUGCAGCUUGAAUGUGUCAGGUUAAUUUUGUGUACCUUACUUGACACAUUGUGUAUUAUAACUAAGAGAUUGGAUUGGAUUUGCUUUAUAUGAUGCAUCUUGAUCAUUAGAAAGAGGUUAGGUGGGUCCUGCAUCACUGCAAUUUUCAUGUGGAACGUGCAACGGUUAUGAGAGAUUAUAUCACCAUAUUGGAUGCAAUUAUGCAAAAAGCCAUGAGCUGCUGAUGGGUUGGUUUUAUUUUAAAAUGACAGAUUAGUUAUUCAUGCGAACUAGCUAAAAACAACCAACAGUUUAAAAAUAUGCUUUUAGCCUCUCCCAUUUCAGUCACACAGGCCUGCACUCUAUGCAGUGCAUGAAGGGGCAGACUGGCAGCACGUUUCUUUGUCAAAUAGAAGGUGAAGGAAAAUACUCAAUUUAAUAGUAUCCUAGUGUAUAAGAACAUGGAAGUCUUGUUAACCCCAGAAUAAAACCCAAGGAAAGCAUUUGGUUUGUGAGACCAAGCAUUAGAACGCAGCCUAGUAAAGGCCAUCAGAUCAAGUAUUUAUACAUCUGGCCAUUUAUUGUUAUUGGCUUUUAAUACUUUUGCCAGUUAACUUAUAAUGUUAAUAUAAAUACAUAUUAAGUUCCUGUGUGUGUGGGUGUGGGUGUGUGUGUAUAUAUAUAUAUAGAUAUAUGUGCGUAUGUGUAUGUAUAUGUAUACAUAUAAACUUCUGAUCAUUUUUUCCAUGUAACAGUUCUGUGUGCCCUCUUAGUGCUCAUCUGUUCUAACUUGUUGUUUACGAUGUUGAUAAAUGUCAUACUUUUUGCAGCCUUCUCAAAGUUAGUAUAGUAUUAUUGAAAAAAGGGUUAUAGGAUAAUUCCAUUUUUUCAAACUGGGUCUUCUUUCCUAGUAUUUUCCAUCAUUCCUAUUGCUACUGACAGUAUUUUAGGCAGAUUCUUCAUGUCAGGUAGCUUCACAAGGACAUCUGUGGGGCAUGAUCAAGAUACAGCUUCAAUUUACCUCCAACUAAUCCAGUUUAUCUAAACCUCAUAUUUGGAAGUGAAAAUGAAUGUGAAACUUGAAAUUUAUUUGCUGAAAUGAAAAAUAAAAAUUUCUAUUUCAGCUAGCAGAAUCGACCUACCGUAAUUACCUUACAAAAAACCUGAAAAUGAAGCAUCUGCAUAAAAUGUUGUCAGAACCAAUAGGAAACGAUGGAAAAUACUACAAAAAUAAGAUCCAGGCUUAACAUAACUGGUGCUAAAAAAGAACUUAUUCACUGUAUUCUUGAAUGGAUGGCCAGUUUAAUUCAAUGAUGACCCCAUUAAGUGGAUAUAUCACAGUAUUUCUUAGCCAUAUUUAAGUGUGAUUUAGGGAAGGAAAUGGUAGGAAUGCAGUUUAUCUACCUCGUGAAUUUGCGAUGCCAGAAAAAGUCACUUUGCAAAUACUGUAAUAUCUCUGCAAAGAAAGUAUUAAAGCUUGAGGUGAAAGUAGCCCAAAUGUAACUUUGGAAAAUAAGGAUUAGAAAUUGAGUAUACAGGAAGGAAUCUCUGUUGUAGAUCAUAAAUCAGUACUUUAUGGUACACUUGCAUUAAAUUUACAUUUAUUCACUGCUGGUUUAAAUUCCAGUAAAGUUAUUGGCAGUGACUUUAAUCAUUAUAUAUGACACUCCUUUUUUGAAGUAGUUAUUUAUUUGCACUGAAAUAGAGGUUAUACUUAUGUUGAUGUUGUAUUUUUUUUUCAAGUGGUGAGUUUUUUCAGUACUUCAGUAUUUUACAUUACAUUACAUUACAGGCAUUUAGCAGACGCUCUUAUCCAGAGCGACGUACAACAGUGCAUCAGUUCAAAGUAUUUAACUUUAAUAAUUAAAUUAUUAGCAACUCUAGAUUUGCAGCAUUAUUUCAUGUAUGUUGUAUGUGUUUGCACAUAUCCCAUAUUCUAAUGUAGGCCUCUUAAGUCUGGGUUCAUGAUAUUAUUGGAAUGCUGUUCUUUGCACAGUGGGCACCCAGACCAAUCUGAGAUGAUCCUAUUAUUUGCAUAGUCUGCUUACAAUUAAAAUGUGUGGGAGGGGUGUUGUUACUGUUUAAAGGGGAGGCCCAUUAAAAAAAGAGAAAGACCAUGCUUAAUGUAGGGUAUAAGCAGAGCUACAAGGUUCAAAAUGGAUUUCACUUCUGAGCACUGCAGUGUAAGAGAAUGUACUGUAAUAGUUGUGUGAAUCUGUUCUGAAUCUCCCAAGGUAUCAUUUCAGUGGCAUUGCAUGCCAUUAAUGUGAAACUGAUAAGCGGUGUUUUGCCAUAUAGUGCAAUAAAGGAACAAAGGAAACUGCUGCAUAAACAGAUAAAAAAAUAAAAGUACCCUACAAAAGGAACUUCUUGAA